CUGCGCGAGGGAGACGCGGAGUGUGAGGCGCGGCAGGGGUGGGCGUGGGGGUCCUGACACCACCCAGAACCCGAAAGCGCAGACUGAGAGCGUCCUCUCGCCGUACACCCCUCUCCAGACCUCUGAGCAGUGACAACAGGGAGAGCUACCUCCAAGGGGCAGAGACCCCCCCCCAAAAAAGAUAUUUCCCUAUCCCAGAUUGGGUGCGCCACCCAGAGUGAGACGAAGACUGGCAGUCAGAGAACGACCCCCCCCCUCCCCAGGUGGCCUAGGAGACCCCAGGACGGCUCAGGCCGUGUCCCGGCCAAGGAGACCUCGCUCUCCCUGGCUGGGGGCGAUGGGGACACGAGCUCUGCAGGGCCUCUUCCUCGUCUUCUUUCCGCUCCUGACGCCGCCUGGGGCCUCAGCCGGGAGCCUGCACAGUCCAGGCCUGUCCGAGUGCUUCCAGGUGAAUGGCGCCGACUACCGCGGCCACCAGAACUACACCGACCCUCGCGGGGCCGGACGCCCGUGUCUCUUCUGGGAUCAGACGCAGCAGCACAGCUACAGCAGCGCCAGCGACCCCCAGGGCCGCUGGGGGCUGGGCGCGCACAACUUCUGCCGGAACCCAGAUGGAGAUGUGCAACCGUGGUGCUACGUGGCCGAGACGGAGGAGGGCAUCUACUGGCGAUACUGCGAUAUCCCCACAUGUCACAUGCCUGGGUACCUGGGCUGCUUUGUGGACUCGGGGGCACCCCCAGCUCUCAGCGGCCCCAGCGGCACUUCCACAAAGCUCACAGUUCAAGUAUGCCUUCGUUUUUGCCGCAUGAAGGGCUAUCAGCUGGCGGGAGUGGAGGCCGGUUACGCCUGCUUCUGCGGCUCUGAAAGCGACCUGGCCCGGGGGCGUCCGGCCCCUGCCACAGAUUGUGACCAGAUCUGUUUCGGCCACCCAGGCCAGCUGUGCGGCGGCGAUGGGCGGCUGGGCAUCUAUGAAGUGUCCGUGGGCUCGUGCCAGGGAAACUGGACGGCGCCCCAGGGUGUCAUCUACUCCCCGGAUUUCCCGGACGAAUAUGGGCCAGAUCGGAACUGUAGCUGGGUGCUGGUCCAGACGGGAGCCGGGCUCGAGCUCACCUUCCGCCUUUUCGAGCUGGCCGAUUCACACGACCGACUGGAGCUGCGCGACGCCGCCUCGGGCAGCCUGCUCCGCGCCUUCGACGGCGCCCGCCCUCCGCCGCCGGGCCCGCUGCGCCUGCGGGCCGCCGCGCUGCUGCUCAGCUUCCGCAGCGACGCGCGCGGCCACGCGCAGGGCUUCGCGCUCACCUACCGCGGGCUUUCGGACGCGGCGGAGGACCGCGCGUCCCCCGAGGAGGAGGGUUCAGCUGCAGAGACCCCCGCCGGGCAGCCCAACGCGAGCUGUAGCCCCAGGCCCGGAGCUGCGCAGGCUGCUGCCUUCGCCCGGGUCUUCUCCACCGUGACCGCCGUCUCCGUGCUCCUGCUGCUGCUGCUGUCGCUGCUGCGUUGGCUGCGCCGACGGAGCUGUCUGCUGGCUCCAGGAAAAGAGUCUCUGGCCUUGGGACCUUCCCGAGGCCCCGGGAGAAGCUGGGCUGUAUGGUACCGCCGACCCCGAGGGGUGGCCCUGCCCUGUCCUCCAGGGGACCCCCAGACUGAGGGUCCUGCUGCGGGCUAUCGGCCCCUGAGUGCCUCCAGCCAGAGCUCCUUGCGAUCGCUCAUCUCUGCUCUCUGACUCCGGACUCCCAGGGUCCGUCACACCUUCUGCCAGUGAGAUGGAUACCUUAAGACGUUAAUCCGAACCCUACCUCUCGGCCUUCUGCACCUUUAAAGGCAGCCUUUGGCCAUCUCGAAGAUAGCAGACAUCAGGAAGCAUCUGGUGCUAUUAUGGGAAACUUGGCCUGACCCUUGGGGUUCAGAUGGUCGAAGCCGAAGAGCAAGAGGACUCAACCUGAGCAUCACGAACCUUGAUGUGAGGGAUGGUGUCUGGUUCUCAAGGGUCUUUAAGACCCUCUGGGGGUGGUCAUGGACUUCUGCCCUCAGUGAAAGGUCAGCGGUUAAAAGUGGUCAAAAGACCCGCC